AUGAAGUUCUCCACUCUCGCUCUCAGCGUGUUUGCUGGUAUGGCAGCUUCUGCUGCUAUACCUGCUUCUGUCGUUGAUGGCAUGAACCUCUCUGACAACGGUCUUGGCCUUGUCAAACCUGCUGAUCCUGUUUGCCACAAAAAUUCCGACUGCGGUCCCGGCGUUGGCUACUGCUACAAGGGCAUCUGCCUGGCUGAGCCUCCCAAGGUCGAACGUGCCGAUCCCAUCUGCCACAAGAACUCCGACUGCGGUCCUGGUGUGGGCUACUGCUACAAGGGAAUCUGCGUGGCCGACCCUCCCAAGCUCACUCGAGAUGAUGCUUCUAUCGUUCCUUGCGGUGCUAACAAAGAUUGCUUCAAUGGUCUUUGCAUUGCUGGUAUUUGCCAUUGGGGCAUUGGAGAGGGUCCCGCCUCAAACACUGCGGACAAGAAUCUUGCCCCCCUUGUUCAGACUUCUGAACCUGCGGAUCCCGCUUGCCACAAGAACUCUGACUGCGGCCCUGGCGUUGGUUAUUGCUAUCAUGGCAUUUGUCUUGCGGAACCUCCCAAGCUUAUCUCUCGUGACGAAUCUGCCGACCCCGUCUGCCACAAGAACUCCGACUGCGGUCCAGGUGUUGGUUACUGUUACCAUGGCAUCUGUGUCGCUGACCCUCCCAAGGAUGCUCGUGAAGUGUCGGCCGACCCUGUCUGCCACAAGAAUUCCGACUGUGGUCCUGGCGUUGGCUACUGUUACCAUGGCAUCUGUGUCGCUGACCCUCCCAUGCUUGCCCGUGAUGAACAGACUGAUCCCGUCUGCCACAAGAACUCCGACUGUGGUCCCGGUGUGGGUUACUGCUAUCAUGGCAUCUGUGUCGCUGAUCCUCCCGUUGUUUCUCGCGGCGAAGAAGCCGAUCCUGUGUGCCACAAGAACUCCGAUUGCGGUCCAGGUGUUGGCUACUGCUACCAUGGCAUUUGCCUUGCUGAGCCUCCCAAGUGA